AUGCCCUCUCUCAACCCACCUCCCCUUCUCAUAGGGGCUUUCGUCUUCCUCUUGCUCAUCGGCCAUGUGCACGCCUUUGGAGCCGGCAACAUUGCCGGCAUAUCCAAGGUCGAAGGCCAGAAUUGGCGCCAUGGUGACAUUGAAGACACCCUCUUGAAGCUGCUCAUGGCCCGCGCCGUCGGCGGCAAGAAGUUCGACAAGCUCGCCGUCUCUCGUGUCUACUUUGGCAACUGGCUGCGCGACUACAGCCAAGCCAUCGAUGUCGGCACCGUCAAGGCCGUCUCCUCGGAGGCCAUCCGCCUGCUGCUCUGUGUCCUCGGCUUCCUGACGUUUGGAUUCGGCUCCAAGGAGUUUGAGGUCACUGCUGACCGCCUUGGCUGCUACCGCCCCGAGGACCACAUCGACAACCCCAAGAACUAUGCCGACAAUGUCGAUGCCCGCCGCUAUGAUCGCCGUCUUCGCGGCCCCGUCAACGAGCGUGUGGAGCUCGCUAUCGAUCCCGAGACCGGAAUGAAAAACUACAUUGCCAAUGAGCGUGCCAACAUCAUGACCAGCGCCUACCACGUUCGCAAGCUAUUCGGCCGCUGCAUUGAGCUGGGCCGUUCUUACCGGCGCUCGAAAAACAAGGCAGAUUUCUACGAGGCCCUGCGUCUUUUGGGUACCGGACUUCACUGUCUAGAGGAUUUCCUGGCCCAUAGCAACUACACUGAGCUUGCCUUGAUUGAGAUGGGCGAAACUGAGGUCUUCCCCCACGUUGGCCGCGACACAACAAUCCGUCUCAGAGGUGCCAGGCACCAGGUGUAUCCCUGUAUCACGGGAACUUUUGGUGGUGUUGACUUCUUGCACUCUGUCACUGGCGAGGUGUCCGACAAAUUGACCCAGAACGAGAUUCAGGAGCUGGAGGGAACGUUGCAAAACGGCCAGAACAGUGACACGAGCGCCCUGCGCAACCUUCUUGACAUGUUUCCGAGUGGUCUCUUUGGCGGCGGCAGCAAGACGCAGAAGCUGGACAACAUCCAAAACAACGCCAACGCGGCACAAAUGGAACAGAUGACUGUGUCCCCACUUGAGCCUGAGGAAUUUACGAGGCACAUCCAGUUUGUCUUCAAGCAGAUCAUGCCAGCCAUUGAAUUCCAUGACGAAAUCAUCAAAUCGAUCACCGAGGCCGUCGAACAGAUCCCUGUACUGCCCAAACUUAUCGAACAGCUAGAGGAACAGCUUUCCGUCUUUGUCUUCUCGAUCAUUGCUCCCUUUGUCAUUCCUAUCAUCCACCAGGUUCAGAAUGAACUGAGUACUGGCUCGUCCGAGAUUAUCCAGAGCAGCCAGGCCGAACAGCUCAUCGUGUUUAACGACGAUUACUGUACCGACCCAACCCAUUCCAUGCUGUCCAAGGACCACUUUAGCAACAUUCUCAACGAAAUCGCUGGCCGCACCGCCAGUAAGGUGGUGGCUUGGGUAGUGCCACAGCUCAUGGAUGCUUGGGAUAACGACUCCAUCGACGUGAACCGUACACUAAACCGCAUCGUCAACGGCGUCUUGCAUCACCCUGCCCAACGGGCCAUGGGCGAGGACGGUGCCCAAGAUGGCCGUGCUCUCAUGUUCCAAUCCGUUGAGGAGUGGUGGCAAAGUAUGCCUGAUGAUGAAAGACAGGACUACCGCAACAAGCUAUCUCGCAGAGGAGUAGAGCGUGGCGAAAACCACAAAGAGGGUGUUCAUGACACGGGACAUGGCUGUGGACAUCCGCUUAGCAUGCAGAAGACCUAUGGCGGAAACUCGGACGAUUCACCGGAGGACCGCAUCGCCUCCGCGGCGGCCAGUGCCAUUGUCGGCGGCCUCACCAGUGGAGUCUCGAGCUUUGUUCAGCAGCAGACUGGCCUUCAGCUUUCAGAACAGUCAGGCGGCAACCAGUCGAGCUUGGCCGGUCUGGCUGGAGCAUCCGGACUCGGGGGCCUUCUAGGAGCGGCCAGCUCUUUCCUAGGAUCUGGCUUUCAGCAAGCUUCCGCCCCGUCGGUUAGCAGUCGCCGGGAUGAUGAUGGGAGCUACAGCCAGACAUAUACGCAAUACGGCCGCACCGAGGACGGAAAACGAUACGCUCAAGCUGAGUAUACGCGUACUGAUUAUCCCGACGGCGAGGAGCGCACCGACUACCGCCGCUAUGAGCAAGACGAGGAGGGCCGCGGAGGGCGGGUUGUCGGAUACGGCUUCGAAGAGCGGGCUGAGACUCACACAACUCACAGCAACACCUAUGAAGAGCGUGAAGAGCGCGGAUGGGCAGACGGUAGGGGGGGGUACCGUGAGGAGAGAGAAGAAAGGUUUGGCGAGGAUCGAAGACGAGAUGUCUCGAGCGGAGACGAAGGCUGGCGCCAAAGGCAUGAGCACGGUGAAGAAGACGAAGGGCGGGGCGGCAGACGGAGCAGCGGCAGACGGAGCCGGGAGGAUCGUGGAUGGGAAGACCAGAGAGAGGAAGAAGAGCCGUCUAGACGUGGCGGACGGUCGAAUGUGUAUGGCGAAGAGUAUUCUAUACCGCCGCAGCGCUCCGAUGAGGAAGCACGCGCCGGCUUCUUUGAUGGGAUCGUGCGGGAAGCGCGAACCAUCUUCGACGAUGAUGAGGUAAAACAUGAGAGACACCAUGAAGGAUGGGGUUGCUAG